UGCCUUCUCGUUGGGGCUCUGGACUUGAAGACGCAUCGCGCUCUCAGCUUGGUUUUCGUGUGCUUUCUCCUUAGGACAUCCCCACCGGAGCCGACAGCUGUGUGACCAGCCUCUCGUGUGAUUCCCAUCGCUCGCUGAUCGUGGCGGGGCUGGGGGACGGCUCCAUCCGCGUGUUCGACAGGAGGAUGGCUCUGAGCGAAUGCCGCGUCAUGACGUACCGCGAGCACACGGCCUGGGUGGUGAAGGCCUACCUGCAGAAGCAUCCCGAGGGCAACAUCAUGAGCGUCAGCGUCAACGGAGACGUGCGGUUCUUUGACCCCCGGAUGCCGGAGUCCAUGAAGGUCCUUCAGAUCGUCAAAGGGCUGACGGCCCUCGACAUUCACCCCCAAGCCAACCUCUUUGCAUGUGGCUCGAUGAAUCAGUUCACUGCCAUCUACAAUGGGAACGGGGAGCUGAUCAACAACAUCAAAUACUACGAUGGUUUUAUGGGACAAAGAGUUGGAGCCAUCAGCUGCCUGGCUUUCCAUCCUCACUGGCCGCACCUGGCAGUCGGCAGCAACGACUACUACAUCUCGGUGUACUCGGUGGAGAAGCGGAUCAGAUAACGGCUGGGGGGGGGGGGGCCCGGGGGGAGAAGGGAUCCCAGCGGGCAGCGCCGCGGCCGCCCCUAAUGUACAUAAUGAAAUUAUCGACUUGAAUGUUUAGUGUUGGCUGCUGCUGCUGCAACCCAUAACUUGAACAUUUUUUUUCUGACUUAGCUACUGAUGAUUUUGACAAGGGGAAGAGAGACAAUCUCCUUCU